UGUCUGCCACCGCCAAGCUUGUGUGCGGAGUUGAGCGGCAGUCAGGAAGUGCGCGCGGCCGAGCUGUUUUCAUCACUCACGAACGGUUUGUUUUCACUUUGACGGAGCAGCUCGACGCUUUCUGCCCCGAAGUUCAAGGGGCCGUGCAGCUCUGAGCGUGAGGGGAUCUGACCAGAAAGAGCCCGUCAUCGUCAGUAUGAUGGCCGACACGGUUGGCGCAGCAGCUCUGUGUGGAGAUCUGAAGGCUUUUCUGAACCAAAACCUCUCCAAAGGCAACAUUUCCCUGGUAACUCCGUCCAGCUACAGCCCAGUCACCAAGAUCACACUAGGAAUGGUCAAUUCUAAUGUGGGAGCCCAGAUGAUUUUGAGCACACCACAGAGAGUGUCUCAUCCUGGAGGUAUCCUCAUCGGCAGCCCGUUCACGCCGCACACAACACCGCUGGCCAUGGUUACUCCAGCGCACCCUCCUGAGGGCGACGAGUGCACCCCGGGAAACAAAAAAAGGACACAUGACUACAUUGAUUCCUAUUACUCGGACAGGGACAGACUGUGUUCGAGUGAUUCCUCGUCCAGUAAGAGAAUGAAGAGGGCAGAUAAGAACGGUAAAGGCCUCAGGCACUUCUCCAUGAAGGUGUGUGAGAAGGUACAAAAGAAAGGCACUACGUCCUACAACGAGGUGGCAGAUGAGCUGGUGACGGAGUUCACUCACGCCAGCAGCCUGAUGCCCACCGACUCGCAGGUGUACGACCAGAAGAACAUCCGUCGACGUGUGUACGACGCACUCAACGUGUUGAUGGCCAUGAACAUCAUCUCCAAAGAGAAGAAGGAGAUCCGCUGGAUCGGCCUGCCCACUAACUCAGCUCAAGAGUGCCACAGCUUAGAGCUGGAAAAACAGAAGCGUUUGGAAAGAAUCCGACAGAAAAGAGCUCAGCUAGAGGAGCUAAUAUUACAGCAGAUCGCCUUUAAGAAUCUGGUGCAGAGGAACCAGGCCAGCGAAGCCUCGUCCCAGUCAGCUCCUCCUCCAGGAUCUGUCAUUCAGCUUCCCUUUAUCAUCCUCAACACUGACGUCCGCACCGUCAUCGACUGCUCCAUCUCCAGUGAUAAGUGUGAAUACCUCUUUAACUUUGACAACACGUUUGAAAUCCAUGAUGACGUUGAGAUCCUGAAGCGGAUGGGCAUGUCUCUGGGGCUGGAGAACGGCACGUGCUCUCCAGAGAACCUCAGCGUGGCCAGAUCUCUGGUGCCCAAAUCUCUGGAAGCGUAUGUGACCACCAUGGCCACAAACUCCAACAGGAAACCUCUGAGCCUCACAAGUCACAGCAGCACUGCCCCGUCACACACCUCAGAGUCCCGCGGCCAGACGCCCAGCUCCUUCAACGAGGAAGAGGAGGAGGAUGAUGAAGACGAUCCCUCUUCCCCAGAGUGAUCCCGAGCAGGAAACCCCACACAGGAAAUAAGCUGCCACUCCUCUCUAUCUUACCAUAUUUUUAGCUUCCCUCAUCAUCUCUUUCUUCCUCUUUCCCAGUUUGGCACAAACGCCAGGAGUCUUUGGUUCUGGGGGAGACGGGUUACUGUAUUUUUGUGGUGCUUUUUGGCUAGCGAGCCGUGGGUCAGCCGUGGAGGAGAGUCAUCUCACUGUACUACUCUUCUCUGCUCCCUACCCAGAGAGACGUUCAAAUCCUUCCCAAAAAUGUAUUUAUUUCGGUCAUAUUUGAAUAUGACUAUCUGUGUAGUCCAGUGGGCUAGUGCCACUUUAUUUUCUCCUCCUAGGGAUCGGAAAGCAACGUCCUGAUCUUACUGUUCACCGUCUGGAGGGAAUUUACAUCCAUGCAUUUAAAAAAAAAUGAAAAAAAAUGUUCUUUUUUUUUAUAUAGCUUGAUUCAAUGUCAUUUGUUGUAUUGUAUAGUUGAUUCCUGGUCAUUCAUCACAAUAGUUGAAGGAUAAUAAAAGAUGGAUGGUUGUAUCUGCUGUUCUGGGUUCAGAUAGCUGCCAGUCACUAUCUGAAUGUUGCAUGCUGGGAGAUGUAGUCUUGUGUGAGAGAUGUGAGGUUUUGUUCACACUGAGUGUGGC